AUGCACAGUGUGCUGUCGCCAAUCAUUUAUUCACUCUCAUCAUCCAGUGUGGUGGUAUUGUUUGUUGUUCGGUUAUAUGCAACGGACUGCCGGACAGAAUUACAGCAGUCCGUUGAAUUCCAGUCCCAGGCACAACUGAUCAACGCCUCACGGCCAACACUUCCAUGA